GUCUAUGCGCCGGAAGCUGUAGUUCCUGCCCCAGAGCGUGGUCACGGCGCCGGGUCCCAGCCGGCUUUCGGGAAGUUAGACCUACAGAGGCGUUGUCAGACGGCUGGGGCACCUGACCUCUGCCGGCCCCAACGACCCCAUGGCAGUGUUUCACGACGAGGUGGAGAUCGAGGACUUCCAAUAUGACGAGGACUCCGAAACGUAUUUCUACCCCUGUCCGUGUGGGGAUAACUUUUCUAUCACCAAGGAAGAUUUGGAGAAUGGGGAAGACGUGGCAACGUGUCCUAGCUGCUCUCUCAUUAUAAAAGUGAUUUAUGACAAAGAUCAAUUUAUGUGUGGAGAAACAGUCCCGGCCCCUUCAUCCAACAAAGAAUUAGUUAAAUGCUGAAGAAACCUUCAGGAAUCCACAUCCUGAA